AUGCGCAUUGUGAUCCCGCCGACUCUACGGUCACACAUGCUUAGCCUUAUACACCAGUCUCAUCUUGGAAUUAUAAAGUGCAAGCAGCGAGCACGGGAAGUUAUGUACUGGCCUGGAAUGAACUCCGAGAUUGAACAACUUGUUAAAGACUGUGAGAAGUGCGCCACAUUCCAAAACAAACAACCACCGGAACCCUUAAAUCCAACACCAGUCCCAGACUUACCUUAUGCAGUAGUAGGGUGCGACCUAUUUGACUUUGAGUCCAAGAAAUACAUUGUGGUAGUCGACUACUACUCGAAGUAUAUUGAUUGUGUGGAGCUUCAGUCCCAGUCAUCAUUUGCCACCAUAGAAACCUUAAAAUGCAUAUUUGGAACCCAUGGAAUCCCCAGAGAAAUCCGAUCUGAUAACGGGCCCCAGUUCAGUUCAUGCGAAUUCCGCAACUUCUGCCAUGAACUGGACAUCAAACACGUCACGUCAAGUCCACACUUCCAGAGCUCAAAUGGGGCAGCAGAGCGUGCCGUUCAAACUGUGAAACGUCUAUGGAGAAAGUCGGUGGACAAACAGCUUGCCCUUCUAAACUAUAGAACCACACCGAUAGAAGAAAUUAACCUGUCUCCAUCGCAGCUACUUAUGGGAAGGAGACCACGUAAUACGUUACCUGCAGCAUCCGAUAUUCUGCGACCGAAAGGCCAAAACCAUGAUAUUAUUAAGCAGAGUCUACAGUCAGCCAAGGACAAGCAGAAAACUGCUUUUGACAUCAAAAACAGAAGCAAAGAACUGUUACCUCUAUAUCCGACAGAUCCCGUGCGAAUCAUGCCACAACAGGGAGGAAAAGAGUGGGUCCCAGGAACUAUCGUACGUCAUCAUGAAGCACCUCGGUCAUAUAUCGUGCAAGUUGGAAAUCGCCGGUUGCGUCGGAACCGCAAACACUUGAGAUCAUCAACUCACAAGGCCAAUGAAGCAGUAAACAACUACGCAGAUAAUGGAAAAUUUCAUGAUGAAAGUCCGUCCAAAGAUAAUUUGCAGGAGCCAACGGCAUUGCAGGAGCCAACCAACUUGACCCAUACCCCAGCGAUCGAAACAGAAAUCUCUGAUGCUUCCCAAAGAGCCGACACCAGCAUCGCCCCAAAGACCACAAGAUCAGGGAGACACAUCAUUCCACCCAAAAAGUUGGAUCUGUGA